GCCAUCUUCCCUUUUUUCCCUUCCUUUGUUUCUUUUUUCGACUCCUGUCGCGACAGCGAACUGUUCCGAGACUGUAUUAUCGGAGUGCUGGCUCAGCGGGUCGGAUUUAGGUUAAGUGUCGUCGACGGAGACUACAGUCAAUAUGAGGGUUUCGAGACUUGUUUCCGGUUCUGACUUCUUCCGUGGUCACACUUGACUGACAGUGACGUUAUUUAUUGAUCUCAAGAAAUAUGAUAAAGUGUCAGGGCCGAACGAGAGCAGUGAAACGGGGAAGGCUGGAGGAGAGAAGUAAUACUAGAGAAAAAGAGGAAGAGAGACAAAAGAGAAAGAGGCGUUGUAAACACGUGCAGGGACUAGCCAAUUGAUUUGACGAGAACAGAGAAGUUCAGCCGGUGUGAUAACAGCACCAGUCGCUUUCUUAUCAGAAACGUUAUCCGCUGAAUUAUCGGCUGUGCCAUCUGGAAAUCAUCAGGGUUAUAAUGGCGUUGGCUGAUCAGCUGUUGGCUCUGGGAAUAAUCUACCGCACAGAAGUUACCUUGUGAAUAUUUUGGCUGAUCUCUAGAGAGCCUCCGUUUAUCUCUACCUGAUAUGGAUUUGUUACUGUGAUUAUCUGACGUGUGUUAUAUUAUUUUUCCAUAUACCUAUUUAGGACGUGAACUGUGUAUACCUAGGAUGUAUCAGGUUAUUCUGUAUUAGCAGCAAGUAGAGUCGUGACGCUUAACGUACUUGGUGAACACUUAAAGCCUGCAGAUGCAUACGUGAUAGGCGUAUGGAUAUACGAAAGAGGAGGUGGCACCACAUAACCUGGUAUAACGACGACGGUGCCGAUGCACUCUGUAAAAGUGAGGUGCGGCGGUCGCGUCGACUUGCGUCGCGGCGUCAGUUGGCCUGCGACUUGUGAGUGCUGUGUGUAUAUAUCCCUUCACGUACCGUACACGUAUAUACGAAAAUCCAUGUGUUCAGUGUAUCCACGUUCUACGUUGUGGGAGGUUACUAAGGAACUGUGAACACUCGGGGAUGUUCAGUAGGGGCUGGAAAGUGGAGUCGCGAACAUUAAAACAUUCUCGUGUGUUACGUGCUGCUACGAAUAUAGGGUUAGGUUUGGCAGAAUCUAGAUAUCCUCGUUUCACUUAUUUGUUAUUAUGACUAUGGAUAUACAGUGGGGAGGAUAUUGUCCUUUAUGGAGGUCGUGAUGUCUUUUGGUGGGACUUGAGUCACUAGGAUCAGGAUGACGAUUAUAUGAUACCUGUGCAAUUUGAAUUAUCUGGAGGAUUUCUUUGGGAAUCGUGCAAGGGGACGAGGACAGAAGAAACUGAUGGAUUAUAAAUGUUGUGUCUGGACAUGAAACUUGUCACGUUGCUACGAGGACUGUCAUCCUCUUCGUCGUCGUCCACUAGCUCUACGAAUGGAUCGUCCAACCUCUCGUCAGGCUCAUCCUCGACGUCGUCUUCCUGCAUGGAGAGGAAUAGUCGCUCGCUAAAGAAGGAAAAUGGAAGUACAAGUCCCUGUAGUGAUAGAGAGAGCGAUGACGAACUUCCGGUUGCUGUUGGGAGGAUCGUCAGGGAUAGAUCAAGAUCGGUAUGCGUACCGGUACUGACGUCAUCGCAACUUAGACAUCUUCAUCGUCGAGCCAGUCAUCAUGUGUCGUCGGCGACUGACACGAUUUCUAGGAGAGGCGUCUUAUCGAGGAGGUGCUAUGGAAGCGUUGAGAUGCUGCCCCAGAUUGAGCAAGACGGGACUGAUAAUGGUAGACGAUUCCGAAUGGAGAAUGGCGACUCUCCUGGUGAAAAAGAAGAAAUGUUUGGAUCACCAAGCACACCUGUACUUGAGAAUCCCGAGUACCAGACCAGAUGGUACUUUAAAUAUUUUCUUGGGAAGCUACAUCAGAAUUACGUGGCCUCGGAUCAAGAGAGAAAUCCUUUGUUCCUCUCGGUCGUCCUUAGCGAAGGUGGUGACCAGUGCCAGCCGCAUUAUCGGGCAAUUCUUUGGAGACGAACUGGCGCACAAAAAAUAUCUUUACCCUACGUAGCAAAUAAGCCAAUGACUGUCAAGCAGAUAUUGAGUAAUUUCUUUGGCACUGAAAAACUCGACAAAGCGGCGCGCGAGAUUUUCUCAGCAGAUAUACAAAAGGAUCUUUUGCUGCUGGAAGAACAAGAAGGAUCGGUAAAUUUCAAAUUUGGUAUAAUCUACGCAAAAAAGGGCCAGACAACCGACGACGAAAUGCUAUCAAACGAAACGGGAAGCGUACGUUUUGACAAAUUUUUGGAUAUUCUUGGUGAGAGAAUACGUCUCAACGGGUGGGACAAGUAUAGAGGAGGACUGGAUGUUAAGGGCGAUAUGACUGGCAAGGAAAGCGUCUACACGGUCUACGCAGGUCAUGAGGUUAUGUAUCACGUAAGUACAAUGCUUCCAUAUUCAAAGGACAAUCCGCAACAGUUAGAACGUAAAAGACACAUCGGUAACGACAUCGUCAACAUAAUAUACACGGAUGAUCCCAGCGCAUUGGAUACCUUCAAUCCAAACUGUAUAAGAAGCCAGUUUACACACAUAUUCGCGGUGGUAACUAGUGAAGGAAGUGGCUGGCGAGUUGCCAUUUAUUGUGACGAAAGUGUACCGCUCUUUGGUCCAAGUCUUCCUUGUCCACCUGUCUUCGAUGAUCCGCACAAUUUCCGGGAGUUCCUUCUGGUGAAAAUGAUCAAUGGUGAGAAGGCAGCCUUCAAUACACCGACCUUCUCCAGGAAGCGAGAGAGAACCCUGGACACUCUGCUCAGGGACAUGUACCAAGAGCAGAUGCACGACGGCAAGGGAAACAGUAUGUUAAACCGUCGUGCUCUAUCUGACGUGGUGGAGACGCCAGGUCGUCGCCGCGAGGAAACUCGUGCUGUGGAAAUGGUACGUGUGGGUCAAGCCUUAAAAUUGGAGGCCAUAGUGCGAGGUUUGGCUCCUACGUCAUUGGCCACAGUUGGUCCUCUGAAGCCUAGACCCUGGGAACCACGUUGCAUAUAUCCGGAUUUCCCUUACGAAGUUGUCUGCGGUGACGUCUGGUCUGAGAAUAGAUUGAUAUUAGCUACUGAAAAUGGUGCUUUCUCUGUGGAAGAUGGACUCUCGCAUAGACUUCUAUUCGAUAAGACUGUACAGAUCAAACAGUUAGACGUGGUGGAGCAGCACGGCAUACUCCUCUUCAGGGCUGGUGAAAAGGGUCGUGAAAGUAAUGUCCAUGUCUUUCGUCUGAACGAAUUGGAAGCGGAUGCUCCGACCAAUCUGGAUCUAGAGGAAGGUGAGGAUGAUGCAGAGGAUGUGGAGACUAUCCAAGUACCUGGUAUCCUGCCAAGAAAUAAAAUGGCUAGGAAUCGGGCACAUGUCAAGGAAAGGAAAUUGGAACGUACCAGAGGAUGUCAUCUGUAUAGUCUGACAAGACCAGGAGGAUCUCAUUUGAAAAUGUGUGUUGCAGUCGGUAGGCGUCUUACUGUUCUUCAGUGGCGCCACAGUGCUGCAUGGACGGCCUGGUGCUCUUCAGCAGAUACCGAUACCGUUGAUGGUUUUCUUCUGGUCAAAGAAUUGACAGCUAGCGAUCCGCCAUCAAUUUUAACCAUAAUUGAGGGCACUGAAAUAACGAAUGAUUGGACACUUUGUUGUGGAUUACGUCAUCAUUUUGAAUUAUUAUCAUCUAAUGGCUCAUCAAGAAUUUAUCACGUGGAAGCUGCACCCAAACCGCAUCUAGUUGCUGCCCUGGAUCUUCGCGAAGACGAAGAACCAGAAUUAUUGCUGUGUUACAACAACACUUGCCAUUUUCAAAAAUUCUCGGAAGAGAGUGCAGCACCCACCGAAUUCGACUUCACCUGGAACUCCGUUCCCACUACCGUAGCAUGCGCUUUUCCUUACGUGAUAGCCUUUACGGCGGACACCAUGGAGAUUCGUUUGAUAAUAAACGGCAACCUGGUGCAUACCAUAGUAAUGCCCAAUCUCAAUCUCAUAUCUUCAAAGAGAGAUAUUUUCUUCGCCACAACUGCUCCGGAAUUUAUGUCAAUAAGAAAUGACAAAAUUAAUGAAGAUUCUAGACAUAAUCGAGAAGAGAAAACUUGCAGUCCCCCACCAUCGCCAUCUUAUGCUUCGUUUCAAGGUGAAACAAAACCCAUAAGGAUUUAUCGCAUACCCCUGCAAACACUGUCGCGACCAACAGUCACGAAUUGUAGCCAAAAACGUUGUCCAAGUCCAGCUGAACCGGAUAUUGUGUCUGCUAGUCCUACAUGUGAUCGGAAUUUUCUGAGUGCUGAACCACAUAGAAUUCUCAGUAGGUCCUGCAGUAGUAGUCCUACGCCUAAUCAGCCAACAUCCGUAGCAAGCUCGCCAGGUAGCAAGUAGAAGGCUAAAAUGGAUAUUGUUGAUUGUGGUGUUAAAAAUUUGAAGAAAAAGCAGUGACGGAGGAUUCUUGAAUUUCUCCGUUACGUAUUUGGAUGAUUCCUCAGCUCGAAGGAAAUGAAAAAGAAAGUGUACAAAAGUGCACGCGUGUCUGAUUAUUCUAUGCACGUCGAUCUACGGCGAUUCUUUUCUCAGACUUUUAUUAGGUACCGUAUAGGCAUUCUUCCAGUAAGUUACCAUGGGAUAUUGUAAGCAUCCUCUAAUGAAGAUAAGAGAAAGAAAUUGCAAAAUAAAUCAAAAUUACGUUAUAUCUUAA